AUGCCGUCCGUCGACGUCCGCUAUCAGUCUCUCGAGGCGCCGCUCAACGAGAAAGCAGUCCGUGCUCUCGCUGAACUCCAACGCUCAUAUGCUGCCGACCGCAAACUACAAGACAACAUCCGUAGCGCUAGCAACAUCCUUGCCGAAACCGCUAGUGCUAUCAAUGAAGCCAAAGUCGAGCGUCGCGAAAAGCAUUCUCGUCACAAUAAGCGUCUUCAAGAAAAUGGAGAAGACUUGAACGACGACAGCGAGGUCAAAGCCUUUGAAGCGCGUGUUGACGAUGUCACCGAGAAGAUGGACCACGCCAUACGACGCAUCAUCGACGAUCGGGUUUGGAUGGAAUCCAUCUCUGAUACGCUCAGACAUGUGGGCAACAAAUCAAGCAAUGCUACCGCUACGCAAACCCAACGCAGCCAACGCUCUACCCAACUUCCCACACAAGAUGCUACGCCACGACAACACGAUCUCGCCAAUGAAGAUUACGGAAAUGAAGAUGUUCUCAACAGCGACGGCAAUGACGAGGAGGACACCACGGCUUCCGGUCCCCCUCCGCCAGAAGAAGCCCCCACGACGUUGCUUCGAGUCGCCCUCAGCAGUCACAAGGUUCGCCACGCUUCCAAAACCCUCACCGAGCGCUAUGCGCAUGACAAUGACUACGCUGGUUUCUACAAAUCUAUCCACGACGCUCGCCACGCACACCUACCAAAUCCGCCUCCGGUACCCAACGCCGCGCUAUGGUUUGGCCGCGAAGAAGGCCGGCUAACAGCCAGUCUCUCCGCCGAUGGCUUUCCCGAGGAAGACACUGAACUCGGUGUGGUGGGAGAACGCACAAGCGUCAAGUGUCCGUUAACGCUGCAAUACUUCAAAGAUCCAGUUACCAGCGACGUCUGCCACCACAGUCUUGAGAAAUCGGCGAUACUGGACAUGCUGAAAGUGAGUACAGACUUUGUACCAUUCACACCAGAGCAGGAAAUAGAACUCUCGCGCUUGAAGGAUGGACAGCGUGCAAGACGGGAGCGGCAAAUCCGCACGCCGAGAGUGCAUUGUCCUGAGUGCAAUCGAUGGAUGCAGGAAGCAGAUCUGCGUGCGAACCCAGUGCUGCAGCGGCGGGCGAAGCGCAUCAUGGAAAAAGAAAAGAGAGAUGAGGAGGAACAGCAAGAUGAGGACGAUGAAGCCGGGAGCGAUGCUGACAGGGAGGGUGGUAUCAGGGGUAUCAGAGGUACUCAACGCCGACCAUUUGGGGUUGGAAGUAGUCCGCUGGGGAGGAAUAGUUCAAGUGGAGUGAGUCGAGUCAAGCAAGAAAUGAUGGACCGUAAGAACCAGGGCAGACAGAACAGCAGUGCCCCUGGCGGUAGUGCUGGAGAGCCGCGGCGGGGAACACAGAUCGUUGAUAUGGAGGACAGUAGUGACGAAGACUGA